AUCUGCGGACCAGUCAGAGAAACCCACCGCAGCCUCAGCCCCACCAGGCUGUCCCAGGAGAGCAUCACCCCAUGGGACACCUAUGGCUGUGAGUCAAGGAGAGCAGCUCUCCGGAGCACCUUUCUGGCUGAGGGCGGUUAUUGCCUCAGGGUAUGGGAUACAUUGUGGGAUGCAGGAAAUGGCAUUUGGAGAUUACACCAGACUUAUUAUGAGAUGUUUAGGGGAGGAACCAAAGGUGGGGAAAGAGAGGGAUUCAGGUGAUUUGAGGAGGAACAAACAUGGGAAAAUAGAGGGGAUAAAAAGGGUUAGUUGCAUGUAAACAGGGCUAGUUAGUACACUUACCCAGCCAUGCCCCAUGCCUGAUCAGUGCAGUCAGUCUUGUCUUCUUCUUAAAUUCCUUUCUAACUCUUUUCCUGGGUGAGGGGCUCCCUAUUCUGUGGGCACAUGUGUGAGGAGAUCAGCGUGCCAAGCAGCUGGAGGGGACCUGGACUGCAGGUCCAGGGCCUGUGUCUCAGGGUGCAAGAGAGAGCGGGGGUGUAAGGGAGCAUGCGAUCACUUGCAGGUAUCAAGUUGGACUAGCUGCAUACUAAGUGAAGUGGCUUGGGAGCCAAGUGUGCAUGUGUGUUUGAGGGUGAGACAUUGUACAUAUGUGUACAUAUAUAUAUAUAUAUUACCCACUAAUGGACCUUCAUCCUGAUCAGCCAGAGAGGGGAACAGGAUGAGGCUGUUGGUGCUGUUAGCUUUCGUGUGAGUGCUGAAUGUUUCUGUCUGUGGUGUUCUGUGUGGCUGGCCCUGUGUAUAUGUGUAUAGCAUACCUGUGUUUGUGUGUGUGCCUACUGGGAAUACAUGCCCAGCCUCACUACUGUUUGGACCUGGGGGCAUGGCGCUGUGGCAGCCUCGCCUCUACUGGGCCACAAGAUUUGGCAGUGGUGAUGGAGGGCUGAGCCAGCUCCAUGUUCUCACAGCCUGGAGCUGGACACAGAGGUAGGUCUCCAGGCUAGGAGACAUGAGGAAAGGCUCUUUAGAAGAAGACCCAGAAGUCCAACAUGCCCAUGGCUUGGCCCUGUUGCAAUGCCACCAACUCUGUCAUGGGCUGUAUUAGCCAGGGCAUAACCAGCAGGGUGAGAAAGGGGGGUCGUCCUCCACUGGGAGUUGGUGAAGGCAGAGCAGAAUACUAGGCCCAGUUUGGGGCCCCCCAGUGCAAAGGGGACAGCAGAGGCCACCAAGAUGGCUGGGCCUGGAGACAGGACAUCUAACGAGAUGCCAAGAGUUGGUCCAGCCUGGAGGGGGCAAAGGGUCCGGAAGAGGUGCCCUAGAAAAGGACAAAGCCAUCAGGCACCCUGCUGCAAAAUCUCCUCUACCCCAUAAUGUCUCCAAGCGAGAUCAAAAGUGCUGAAGGCAAGGAGAGCAAAAAGCAAGAGUGUGGAGAAGGUCUCAGGAAGACUACAUGGGGCUGCUGAGAACCCUGGGGGAGUCCAGUGACUGCUUCUCCCAUCCCCCCUAGAUUACAGUCCCUGCAACACCAUGUGCCUAGCCAGGGGCACCAGGGUCUUGCUCCUGCUGGGGCCAAUCAUGAUCGAGGCUGUGCACAGCUGGAGAAGGGCAGGACAAACCUGCCUGCAGCUUGCAGGCGGGCGGGCAACUGCAGAUCCUGCAGUCUACAGCAACAUGGGGUCAUGGGAACAAGACCCCACUGAUGCCCAGAGGACCAGCAAUGGAACUGGGCCAUGAACCUAAACAGCCCUCACUCCUCAAUGAACUGGGCAAAAACUGCUGGUUCUGGAUGAAAUCUCCUCCAUUAUUAGUCUCAGAAAGGAUACGGGACCAUCUCUGAGCACAUCUGCUCCUACAGGCAGUCUGCUGUCCUGAUGUCCAUCAUAUAUAAUCCCAUCAAGGCUUCCUACUCACCCUAUUAAGCUUUGGACUGGACUUGUGCAAGAAGGAGCUCCUAGAGUUUCUCCUGGCUUGGCUUUACACUGGGAACACAGGGCUUGGAAUGAAACUCAGGGGAUGCCCAUGGAAAUGUCUCACUAUUGCGGUCUGGGAUAGAAACUGGGGGUCAGAAUAAAGCUGCUUGACAUAUAUACUGAUACACUGAUAACCUUGUAAUUUAAUAAGAGAUAGAAAGUACAGCAGCUAGUUGGCAUAUGCUCAUGUCCCUUCUGAUGCUGGGAGCUUUGUGUGUAGUCAGCAUCGGAUGGACCUCUGUAUCAGGCUACAUGGUACACUGCACAGAAUCCUGUCCGUGUCGAGGUUCAACAUACAUUGGGAGUUCUGGGUCAUUUAUACCUGAGUUCCGUUACAAUCAUUAACCAUGUCCUAUCUGACAGGUGGUAUGCACUUAUCUACCUCAUGUGCACCUAGGUGGUGCGCUGGUAGUAUAUGGGUUAACAGUGUAUGCGUAGAUCAGCUCAGCAUGUACUUACACUACAAGUUAGCCAAGAGUCUAAUAUGCAUACUAGUGCUAUGAGGUUAUGCAGCAGUCACUUAUGCUAACAUAUGGGUAUCUGUAUAGCUAUGGCCUAUGGACAGGCUCUACUCAAAAUCACUGUCUCCUUAUAACCUUCCACAGUGGUCCACUCUGAUGGUGAGGACCCAGCGGGGCAGGCUUUGGGCCCUCUUUGCCAGGUAGAUUAAAGCACACUCCAGUGCCAGCACUCUCCCCUCCGUGUCCCAUUCCUCUGUGCCACAUGCAGAAGAUGGACCCUGUGAGCAGAGACAGACUGGGAUGCGGGCAGCCCCUCUGAGCAUGUCUCUGCUCCUCUCGACCCAUUCAAAUGCCGAUCACCCCGUCCUGUCCCAGCCCAGGGCCAAGCUACCACUUACCCUACACAGCUCCAGUCCCCUAACUCCUCUCUUCCCCGCUCACCUCACUCCCAUGUCACCCAAAGGGAUGUACAGCCCUUCCGCAGUUUAAUUAACCCUUUGUUAUUGCCAAAGGGAGCUCUGUCAACACCACUGGCCAACCCAAGAGGGAAUCGCAGCUGGGGAGGCUGAAGGCAAGGCUCAGGGUGUGGAGGCAGGGGGCAGUUAUUUGGGGUAAGGACCAUACCAUUGCCCCAGUAUAGGCCUGAGGAGGCUUGCAUGGCCAAGGAAUGGGUCAGACUCUGUAGAACAUGGAGUGGCUUCAGACCUACAGGUGAGGGUGAUGUUGCUGUCUCAGGGUUUUGACUGUCCCGUUGCCCCCCAACUAGCUCCCACCCCUACCCCAUUGAAAGACAUCAUGGAUAAGCCAGCUUUUGGGAGAUCAUUUAAGUGGGAAGGGAGCAGGCUUGUGCCAGGUGGCAGAUAAUAAACAGGGAAUGGGAGUCUUUGGGUUUUGGGGUCACUGGAAGAUGCGGCCAGUUGGGAGGAAAUAGUCCCUGAAGUAGCAAAAAAUGGAAGGCAAGUCAGUUCCUUCCUGUUCCAUUUCAUGAUGCCACCAAACCUCCCCCACGAGGAAGGCGCAGCAUGGACACUUCCCCAUGGCUGGUCUCAGUGUCAUCUCCCCACCACCACCCCUCUGCACCACUGCCCCCAUUUCGCAAGGGCCAAGAGGAAGCCAUUUCCACAUCAAGUGACCCAGAGUCAAGGAAGAGAAACCAAAAGCCCCAACAGAUUUACCCCUCAGGUCCACAGCAGCCUAAGAGCAGGUCAUUGUGGAUGCACAGUCCUGAGGGGGUGACUGGGACGUUCUGGGACCAGUUCAACCAUCCCAGCCCUGCACUGAGUCUGCAGAAAUAUGAGCUGUGGGACAGGAAGUGGCUUGUAACGAUCAGGACUUGCCAGGACACAGCAAGAAGCCGCACAGCUGCAAGAGAACAGACUCAGCGUUUCCCCGCCAACCCUUCCUCCUGAGCAAGCCCUGCUUGAGCCAGGGACAGAGAGAGCUAAGAGGGACUGCAAUGCUGCCCGUGACCCACAUCCUAGCCUUUGGUGCUUGGCUGGUGGUGCAGAGCAUGACUGCCACAAGUGACCCCAGCAUAACCAUCUACCUGCAGCCACCUGGGGUGAUUCCGCUGGGAGGCUCUGCCACCAUCUGCUGUGAGUGCCAGUACAAUGGCGGGAGCUUUGUGCUGUACAGGAAUGGGCAGCAGUUCCGCACUCUGAAGCCACGUGGCAGCAGGGCUGAGUUCUCCAUCUCCAAUGCCACCCGAAGUUUCUCAGGUCCCUACAGCUGCCAUUACCUGCAUGGAGAUGAUAGGACUGUGCUGGCUCGCAGUGACACCUUGGAGGUCCUGGUGGAAGAACUCCAGGGCCCCAAACCUGUUCUUUCCAUCCUGCCCGGGCAUGAGGUGACUGCAGGGUCUGACGUGCUACUCCAGUGCAUCUUCCAGGACACCAAUGCCAUCUGUUUCCUGUACCUGGAGGGCCAGGCUGGGACACUCCACAGCUUCCCUGAGAAGGAUGCCAAAUUCCACCUCUCCCAGGUGAAGCAGGGCAAUGGGGGCCGCUACAGCUGCCAGUGCUAUAUCAAAGGGACCCCGCCGAAAUGGUCUAGCACCAGUGAGUACUUGGAGCUGGUCGUGAGAGGAACUCUCUGGGAUCCCCUCUUUGCCCUGAGACACCAGUGACUGUCCCUUCCUAUACCCUGCAGACUACACCUGGGGCAACACUCUGCGCCUGGCCCUGGGUGCCGCAAUCCUGGUCCUCCUGGGGCUGAUUGUGGCUGAGGCCCUGCACAGCCACAGGCCCACACCUGGACACCCGGGUCCCCUCUAGAAUGGAACAGAGCUAACCUCCAAAUCACCAGGAGAGAAGGUGAUGCUGCCACGGCUGGAGGCGACCCACAUGCUCCCUGCAUGGGGAGCUCCAAGUAACUACCGUCAUCUGAACUGGGACCGCUAAACGGACGCUGGUAUCCCCUUCUAUCUCCUGACAGUGCAAUAAACCAGCCCUUCCCCAUC